GGUUCAUUAACGGGCAGGUUUUAUAACACACACCAAGAAUGGUCAAAGGCUCCGGAUUGGGUGAAGCAACAGUACGAAAAUGAGCAGCAGCAGCAUUGUGGUGACAUAAGUAAGUAAUCAGUCUUAACGAUUUUUUCUUUCAAAAGGGCUAUGUCAUAGAGGUCGGGUUCAUUUUGUUUAGUGUUCCCUAUCACCCGCCCUUUAUUCGCUGUAGAACUCAGUUAGCAAUGAGAUUACAGUACUAGAUAAUAACAAAUUAACGCCUUGUGACAAACUCUCUUCCAAGCGUUAGCACUGAAAGUUACCACAACCUCCAAUUCUACUCCUUAUUCAAUUUUUGCCUCCUUUUGGAGGCGGGGGGGAGGGGGAGGAAUGGGUGGGGGCACUCAAGGGAAGUUUUGGCAGACUGACUUUCAUUCAAAUUCCACUACAAUUCAAACAUAAGUGACUGUUGUUUAAAUACAUUAAGUUACCAAAUUCACCAUUUUCCCUAUUUGAAUUUAGCCUCUCUUUACGGUGGUGCCCUGAAAGGAGCGGUUGAUGCAGCGGCUCAAUUUGCAAAGGAGAAUCCCAGAGAUGCAGCUAAGAUGGGCGCACAAAUAGCCAAUUCUGCAGGAAUAAGUCCGGAAUACGGGAUUUCCUUUGCUUCUGGAUUUCUUGAAACUGCCGACCUUAGUGAGAAAUGA